AUGACUACCGACCGAAACCUCACCGACUUGCUUAACCUGACUCAGGACCACAUGCAAAUGACGGAGAAAUCCUCACGUGAAACCGUACGUCAUUACAUAGAUAGAGUCAGCCAAUUAGCCAGGAGAAUAAAAUCCGCCAUCAGAGAUAGCCCACAGGGUCAAUCUACGAGCGAGGGAGUCAAUCAAGCCCUUCUCGACAAUUUCAUCCUAGGUUUGCCAAGUAAAAUGAAGGCCUAUGUCUACGCCAAAAAUCCUAAAACCCUUGACGAUGCAUUUAACCAGGUUUUACAAUACGAAAAAAUCCGAGAUGACAGCCCGGUCAUAUGGGAACCCAGGGACAGGUAUAAUUCUCCCGACUACCACCGGCAUAGAAGUCCCCAUAGGAACUACCAUUACGACCCUAACCAAUACGACAGACCUCCCCCUCACGUGACAUAUCCUCAACAACCUAGACAAUACGAUAGAUAUCCGGAAAGACGCUACGAAAGGCCUAGUAGAAGCAUCAGUCCACGGGCCGAGGCAAUGCACUCCUUAGUUAGCACUUCCGAGCACAGGCCUCGCAUCCCGACACCUCCACCUUGCCGUUCGGACGAUGACCUGCUGAAUGCUUUAGCAAAAUUAUUAAGCGGAAGGUUCCCAAAACCCAAGUCACCCGAACCCUCUCACCGAGAUAAUUAUAAUCGAGAUCCUAGUCCUAAUCCGCGAUAUCGAAACUCCUACAAUCUCCGAAAUAAUGAAUCCCCGCAACCUAAUCCACAAUACAGAAACCGAACUCCUGAACCUCCACCUAGAACGGCACGAUCAAAAUCACCAUAUCCCGAUCCAAGACUCUACGACCCCUACGCACCCUCGCGGUCCCGGUCGCCAUCACCCGGCGCCCCCCUUAGAAGGACACCGAGAGAACCCAGCGGCGCUCCAUCAUCAAAUUCGUACCGAAAUUUAAACUCCGAGGGUGCUCGCCAAGUCCUCAACGAGGCGAGCGCGUACCCGAGUCGCGACCCUCGAAACGUGACCUUCGCGAACCAGAACCCCCAGAACCCGACUGCUUGGUCAGAAAGGCACCGUCGCCUGUGA